CACAUAUUUCUCCCCCUCUCCAUUUUAUCCUCACAACAACCCUGUGAGGUGGGUUAGGCUGAAAGAGAGUGACUGGCCCAGUGGGAAUUUGAACCCUGGUCUCCUCAGGUCCCAGUCCGACACUAAUCACUUCACCACUCGCAAGUAAGCGCGCAACAAAGGAGCCACAUCCUCGGCCUUUCGGACCUGAAGCCCAAAUGCGACACAACUUACAUUUCGUUUCUUUCUAAGCUUCGAUGCAACAUAAUUGGUUGUGCAAAAGACAGAGGCUAGUCAUCGUGAAGGAAUUAAAACUUCCCUGGUGGAGAGCCGGAGGAGUGGCAGAGGCGCGACUGGGGCGGAUCUCAGUCUUGCCCACCCUCCCGUCCGGUCCUGCUCCUCUCCCCGUGCAAGAUGGCGGCUUCAGCGACGGUGUCGCGGGCUUGGACUCUGCUGCUCCGCUGCUCAGGUUCUUUACCUCCAUUUCGGCAUGGGCAAGCUGCUGCCCAGAGGCUCAGCUGCCUACCUGUCCAGAGAAGGCUGUUCAGCAACAACAAAAUCCUUGUGGAUCUGGAUGAGAGCACAGGGGUAGCGGUGAUGAAGAUGAAGAACCCUCCUGUUAACAGCCUUAGCCUGGAAUUUCUGACUGAGUUUUCAAUAAGCCUGGAAAAACUGGAGAAUAAUAAAGCUUGCCGUGGUGUCAUCCUGACCUCGGCCACCCCUCAGAUCUUCUCUGCGGGGCUGGACAUCACCGAGAUGUAUGGCAAGAGCGAAGAGCACUACGCUGAGUUCUGGAAGGCCGUGCAGGAGAUGUGGAUUACGCUCUACAAUUCCAGUUUGGUGACCAUUGCUGCCAUCAAUGGUUCCAGCCCUGCAGGCGGCUGCCUCAUGGCCAUGUCGUGCGAUUACAGGAUCAUGGCCGAGAAUCCCAAGUACAGCAUUGGGCUGAACGAGACAAAGCUGGGCAUCGUUGCCCCUUUCUGGUUUAAAGAGACAAUGACAAACACCAUUGGCCACAGGGCCACGGAACGGUCCCUCCAGAUGGGUUUCCUCUACUCUGCCCCUGACGCCCUCAGAGUUGGGAUCGUAGAUGAGUUAGUGCCUGAGGAGAAGAUCCAGAAUGUGGCUGCGGAGGUGAUGACCCAGUGGUUGGCCAUUCCAGACUACGCCCGCCAAAUCUCCAAGUCCUCCAUGCGGAAGCCAACAGUGGACCACAUGCUGGCGCAUCGCGACGCCGACAUCCAGAAUUUUGUGCGCUUCAUCUCCAGGGACUCUAUUCAGAAGUCCCUCCAGGUCUACUUGGAGAUGCUGAAGCGGAGGAAAGCCUGACCGCCGGGCCUCUUAGCCGCCUGGGACCUUGGGGCGCAGCCCAGCAGCCUUAUGGCACACCGCUCUUGAUUUCUGGCCCAUGGCCCCGUGUGUCCUGUGACCUCGGCCGCUAUUUAACUCAAGCGCCCUUGUUCCUGACUGGUGCCUUUUGCACAGAGUUUUGUUGUUGAGGGUUUUUUUCCUUUGGAUGCUGGAGCUCAGGUUGUGGAUGGAUGGCAGGGCUCAGAAUGGUUUUGUGGGGAAGGAAAGGGGGCAUGUUAGGUACCUCAGUUGCUGUUCAGGUACUAGGAACGAAUCAACUUUCCAAAAUGUGAACUGUCAAUAAAUCAUUAAAACAGGUUAA